AUGGCGACCGAAGGAUUGACUGAGCAAAUCCCGCUGGAGGACGGAAAGUCAGAGCAAUCGAAUGGCAUUAGCGAAGCGAACGGGAAGGCCGUGCAAGAAGAAGUUGAGGAUAAAAUUGAUGACCUUACUGUGGAUGAGCCACAAGAAGCUGCAAAAAAGAAGAAGAAGAAAAGUAAAAGCAAGAAGAAAAAAGAACCACCUCAGCAAACUGAUCCUCCAUCUAUUCCCGUGAUUGAACUUUUCCCAUCCGGCGAGUUUCCAGAGGGCGAAAUUCAACAAUAUGCAGAUGAUAACUUGUGGAGGACUACAUCCGAGGAGAAGAGGGAAUUGGAACGACUGGAAAAACCAAUCUAUAAUUCUGUUCGUCAAGCGGCAGAGGUCCACCGUCAGGUACGGAAGUACAUCAAGCAAAUUUUGAAGCCUGGAAUGUUGAUGACUGACCUGUGUGAGACCUUGGAGAAUACAGUUCGUAAAUUAAUAGCAGAGAAUGGUCUACAGGCUGGUAUUGCAUUUCCUACAGGCUGCUCCUUGAACUGGGUUGCUGCCCAUUGGACCCCGAAUUCUGGGGAUAAAACUGUCCUUCAGUAUGACGAUGUGAUGAAACUGGACUUUGGAACUCAUAUUGAUGUCCACUGCUCGAGGCCUCACGUGAAGCUACCAAUACUGGAAUCAAGGGUUGCUGCCCAUUGGACCCCGAAUUCUGGAGAUAAAACUGUCCUUCAGUAUGACGAUGUGAUGAAACUGGACUUUGGAACUCAUAUUGAUGGGCAUAUAGUGGAUUGUGCAUUUACCGUGGCAUUCAAUCCCAUGUUUAGUCCACUGCUCGAGGCCUCACGUGAAGCUACCAAUACUGGAAUCAAGGAAGCUGGGAUUGAUGUGCGCCUAGGUGAUGUUGGGUCUGCAAUUCAAGAGGUCAUGGAGUCAUAUGAGGUUGAAAUCAAUGGAAAGGUGUUCCAAGUUAAAAGUAUCCGAAAUUUAAAUGGCCAUAGCAUUGGAUGUUAUCAAAUCCAUGCGGGGAAAUCUGUUCCUAUUGUGAAAGGAGGAGAGCAAACAAAAAUGGAAGAGGGUGAAUUUUAUGCAAUCGAAACUUUUGGAUCCACAGGGAAGGGAUAUGCCAGAGAAGAUCUUGAAUGCAGCCAUUAUAUGAAGAAUUUUGAUGCUGGUCACAUUCCACUGCGGUUACCUAGAGCAAAACAACUACUGGCAACAAUUAAUAAGAAUUUCUCUACAUUGGCUUUCUGCAGACGUUAUCUUGACCGCUUAGGAGAAACUAAAUAUCUGAUGGCACUAAAGAACUUGUGUGAUGCUGGUAUCGUCCAGCCUUAUCCUCCUCUCUGUGACAUUAAGGGAAGCUAUGUAUCGCAGUUUGAGCAUACAAUUCUACUUCGUCCAACUUGCAAAGAAGUGGUAUCUCGAGGUGAUGAUUAUUAA